AUAUUACACGGAUCAAAUUGUUUUAGCAAAAAGAAAAACAAAAAAAAAAAAACGAUGCAAUGAAAUGCGAAUUCAGCUUCAGAAGAAAGUGCGACGUUAAAUUAAUUUUAAGAAAGAAAAAAAUAUAUAUAUAUAUACACACAUGCAUAUAUAUAUUUCAUUCUAUGAGAAAAAAAAAAAAAAAAAUGUUCUGUGAUACGUUGAACAAUUAUUGUAACGGCAUUUGAAAAGAAAAAUUCGUGACAACAAUGUUUGCCCGAGGCCUUGGUUAUAAUACAUACGUAUACACUAGUUUCGCAACGUGUAUUGUUAUCAUAGUUUAUUAUAAUUUUAUUAUAAAUAUCAAAGUACACGAUUGCAAGGGUAAAUCAAUGUCUUGAGAUUUUUCGAACUUCUCCAAAAUCACUUAGAUAGUUUUUUGCGUAUAUAACCCAACCCUCCAACCAAGAUUUUCUUCGAAUUAAUUCGAAGAUGCGGCAUCCGUUCAUCGAAGACGAAGAAGAAAACAUCCGAGGAAGAAUAUAUCUGAUCAUCAAUUGGAAGACGAAUCUCUACAAAUCGUUUACAUUCUUCAUCGAGCGAUUCUGUUUAUUUUUUUUCUAUUUUUUUUUCCUCCAUGCCUCUUUUUUCAAAUUUACAAGAAGAAAUAUUUUGAUUUCAGUUUCCUCUUCUUUUUUUUUUCUUUCUCGUUCUCUCGUUUGCAAAAAAGAAUCGUCGAUGUUUAAUUUUUUUCUUUUUACUCGCGGGGUAUCGCGUCACGCAUCGAAUGGAAAAGAGAAGCUGCAAGAUCCAUCAUCGAAGAUUUUUCAGGGGGGAAAAAAGAUAUAAUUAUCGGCAUUAAUAAUCCGACAUUUUGAUUUUGAUUUCAGGUUCUUGAUUCUUCGAGUUCUCAGAAGGAAUCAGAUUGUUUCCAAAUCGGAUGAUCUUCAUCAAUACGAUCGAAAGAAGAUUGAAGAUUGAACAGGAUGGGCCACGAUGAUAAGACGCGACAGCAAGGGGAACUACGCGCUCUACCAGUGCGAGAUGUGCGGUAAAUCGUAUUCUUGGAAGUCCUCUUACCAUCGACACUUGCGGGAGGAGUGCGGCAAGCAGCAGAGGGCGAAAUGCAAAAAUUGCGGGAGGCAGUAUCGUUGGAGGGAUUCGUUGAACAAACACUUGAAAUACGAGUGCGGCGUGGAGCCCAAGUACACGUGUUCGGUGUGCGGGAGAAAGUUUCGUCACAAGCAGACUCGAAGAGGGACCACAAUCGCGUCAACUACGACGCCCCGUUCACCUGUUACAAAUGCGGGAAACGUUACACAUGGACCGACUCAUUGACGAGACACCUUCGGGAGGGCUGCGGCAAGUUGCCCAGGCACAAGUGCACCCUUUGCGGUAGAAAAUUCAAACGCAGGGACUAUUUGUUGCGUCACGAGAACAACGUUCACAAAGCGGAGUGAAUA